AUGGAGAAAAAAGAAGAAGCUAAUGUAGAAUCCAUGAUUGUGCUGAGUGAUAAAGCCCAAAAUAAUUGGCAGGCUACCCAUGAUUCCGUUAACUGGCAUAUCCAGUUCCUGUCUAUUCGGGAGAGAAGAAAAACCAAUAGAGGGUCUCCGAUGACAUACAAAACAGUUCAGUGGUUCAUCUCUAAGGAAAUCAACACCCCACUAGAGUAA